UCUACAUCAACUUGCACAACGACACCCUCACGAAAUAUCUACACAUUGCAACCCUCUUCGAUAUAUAGCAUACUUUCUUACACUGGAACUGCAAAGGAACCAAAGUCGGCGAUAAGUGUGGCUAUCACCCCAAUUCAAAAUAGCCAGCCAUCACCGUCUUCGUAA